AUGUUUCAACAGAAGCGUCCCCUGCAUACACUCGAUUCGGACUAUGUGCCCCUCAUGUGCCACCGUCUGAAGAAGGAAUGCACGCCGACUGGCGUGGUCAGACGUCGAAUACCCAAGCGUAAAGAUGCAUCUCGGGUGGCCAGAGUCGAGGAGAAGCUCGAUCAGCUUGUGUCGUACCUGAAAACACACGAAGAGCCCGAUGAUUCAAAUCCAGGAGACGUCGACGAUGCGAAGGCGCAAGAUGAGCCGGGUUUCAGAACGGACACGCCUGCAGAUUCUGUCAUGAGUUCAGCGUCCACAACCAGUCACCACGAUGUCACGUCAUCGAGCCUGGCCGUGACUCCGGCUUCGAGUAUCUGCUAUGCAGACGAGCCGUCAGAUUCAGAAGCCGAGGAAUCACUGAAGAAAUUCAGGGAAGAACGAAUAGUCAGUUCCGAUAGUCCAACUCAUUUUAUGAAACCUCGAGAUACACUAACCCAAGUUGAAGCCAUAUUUCCCGUGUGUCUACAUACCGCCACAUGUGACCUCCGAACAGCUUCGGCAGGCUUACCCGUUUCUAUGGCUGAACGUUAUGAUGACGACAGCGGCAACACCAAGGAGGGGGGAGGUGCUGGCGGAACAGGCAAGAGCCAUUAUCUUCCAGAAAGUCGUGAUAGAUCGAGAGAAGAGCAUCGAUCUUCUCAUGGGGAUGCUCACCUUCCUCGGCUGCUCAUUGUCACCCUCGUCUUCGACAUGGGUCUUCACAUACCGCCACCCGAACAUGCAUUUAUUCCUUGUGGUCCUUCCAAGGGGUGCAAUUGCUCCUUGCAUCCCUACACUCGGAGACGACGCACCGACGAAGAGCGGCGAACUGUUCUAGGAGCCUUCGUCAUUACAUCCAUGUUGUCGUACGCUUUCAACCGCAGUGAUGGACUGCGUUGGUCUUCGCAUCUCGAUGAAUAUGUUGCAAGUCUAUCACACGAUAGCACUGUGUUGCAGGACAAACAUCUCAUCGCUCAGGUGAAGAUGCAACUAAUCAUAAAUCAAAUCCACCACGCCUCAUGGCCCACCACCGGCGCAGAACUUCCCGCGUUGUACCUGUCUGCCCUUCGAUCGCAGCUUCAGCAGAUAACCAAGGGAAUGAACGUCAGUCCAGAUGUUGGAAAUCCCCCCAUGCUCUCGAAGCUCUUUCAUUUCACCGACCUUCUGAUCUACCAAUCCGCAAUCAGCACACCAACAUCUCCAUGGAGCAAUCCGGACUUCCGGCGAUUCGAGGUGUAUCAGGGCUGUCUAGACGCAAUCAAGGGCUGGCUCGACGCAUUCUUCGCUAUUCCAGUUGCUCAGUAUGGCUCCAUGCCGAUCAUCGUCUACCCUCCUCUCGUCCUCACGCUGUGCAGCCUCUACAACUUGACAAUCCUUCAAGACCCAGCCUGGGACCGGGCCGCGGUUCGCGGAAUCGUUGACUUGAUCCCGACAUGCGACAGGAUCAUCGCAGCUUUCGACUCCUUGGGACCUGGUGCAAGCUCGACGUCACCUGAUAAUGUCGGCUAUGAGGGCUACACCUGGUGCCUAGGGGUGAUGAAUGCGAAAAGGAUGAAGUGGCAGAAGGACCUGGAAACCAUCGACGCGGCAGGCAGUGCAACUCAGGAAGCAAGUUUCGUGGGCGGCACCGAUAGUAUAGCAUCCAAUGCGCCUAUGGAGUUCUGUGUUGAUAUGUGGCUAUCUGAGUUCUUGAAUACUUCAUGGGAAUGA